AUGUCAGCGAUCUGCGAUCCAGAUGGAUGUUUCUGCCAGCGCGCUAACUUUGCAACCGUAGCUGUUUUGCACAGCAAGCCGCCCAGUUCCGACGAAAUUCACAAAGCAGGAGCCUGCAGCACCAACCACAUCACAAUAAACCUUCCUCCUCCUCCCAACGAACUGCACCACCAGCUCAGGAGCAGAGAAGGAUUAAAACCCAGCAAAGAAGCAGUUGUGCAAAACUCACCCUCUGAUGGUCAAGACUUGGGAAAGAAUGCGGUGGAGGAAGCCAUGGAAACCUACAAGAGCCACUUGGUCGGAGGCUGUGCUUCCAAGGAGCUAAAGACAGCCAAACAAAAUCUGGAGAAGACAUUGCUGAAAGCCAAUAUGUCACAGGAGAAUCUCAUUAUAGCUCACGAAGAUAUACAAACAUUAAUAUUUAAAAUAAAGCCCAAAGAUUUCAGAGGGCUGAAUAUCAGCAGUGACAUGUUGAUGAUCAAUGCAGCGGUGAAGACCCAGACACGACAUUCUAUGAGUUUCCCGGCUGCACUGACAAAGAGAACCAGGGCCUUGCCUGCAAAGGAGAUGAGACUGGCCUGCAUUUACCUGAAAACUUCCUGCCUCUUUCAGGAUGAAAAGAACAGUUCCCUGCUGAAUGAUGACAUUUUAGGGGCCACCCUUGGGGGUGUCAGCGUCACCAAUCUCAGUGAACCAGUGGAGAUCCGGUUUUGGCACAACCUCAGGCUGGCCAAUAAUUCCAGCCUGACCUGUGUCUUUUGGAUGGAAGGUAAUAUCAGCUUUCCCUCACUUCAAAUCUCCCCACCUGCCUUGGAUAAAGGUCUGUUGGUCGCUUUAAUCUACAUAACUUCCAUCGGCUGUGGUGUGUCAGCUGCUGCCUGUCUGCUCACUGCCUGCCUGUACUACUGCUCCAGGAGAAAGCAACAGGACUUCACUUCAAAAAUACACAUGUACUUCUUGGAGGCUCUUUUUUUCCUUUAUACAUCAUUCUUGAUCAGCGGACCACUGGCAUCCAUCACUAUCGUGUGGCCAUGUCAGGUUGCUGCGGUCUUCCUCCAUUACUCGUUGCUUUGUGGCUUGACCUGGAUGGCCCUUGAAGGUUUCCAUCUCUACAUGCUUGUGAUUAGAGUCUACAAUUUGUACAUAAGAUGCUACCUCCUCAAGCUGUGUGCCGUCGGCUGGGGGCUCCCUGGCUUAGCAGUCAUGACCAUCCUCCUAAUCAACAAACAGGCUUAUGGCAUCCACAGUACCAAAAUGAGCUCUCUUCACAACAACAUGACCAUGUGUUGGAUCACAUCCAUCGAAGUACAUUACUUCAACUUCAUUUACCUCAGCAGCACUGUGGUGUUCAAUAUGAGCAUCUUGAUCCUUGUGGUUCGGCAGCUGAGGCAGCUCAGAGCCAAUUCUCCUCAGCAGAAAGAACAUUCCUGUAGGGACACAGUGACAGUCCUUGGAUUGACAUGUCUCCUGGGCACAACCUGGACCCUGGCGUUCAUCUCAUUUGGGGUCUUCUCCAUCCCACAGGUCUUCCUGUUCACCAUCCUCAACUCGCUUCAAGGGCUCUUCAUCUGCCUCUGGUGUUGCACCUUGAAAUGCCGCUCACAGGCAAGCCUCGAAGGAGGGACUCCUCAUCCAUCUCAAUAACUGCAGCAUCACAGGAGAGGUGACAAUCCCAGGCCAAGCAUGAAAAGGAGGAA